AUGCGCUUACUUGGUGGCUUUAGUUGUAAACAAGAUAUUGCACAGAGAUGGGAAUUAAUUAAAAAAGCUACAAGACUUGGUCUUACUAGCGCAAGUGCAUGGGUAAAUCAACAUAAGUCUAAACAUGAUUUUGGUGCAAGUGAAGUUAUUA